GCACAAUCAGAAUCUGAUCAUAAAUCGCAGAUUGUGGAACAAACUGAAAGCGAUUCUCUUGGAGAUGCAGAUUCUAAUGCAGAAGAAAAUAAUCAAAGCAGUAAUGACGUACAAACUGAUCAAUGUAACAAUCAAGACUUAUUAAUAGAUAGUACGGACUUUUCGCAUAUAUCUACUAGUAAUUCAGAUAUGUCUGACUAUGAAAACAUGGAUUCUGAAGGCGAUGAGUUCGAUUUUUACAAUUUCAACCCUUUGGAUGGUUCUGAUAAGGAUUCUGAUGACGACAAUGUUGACAAUAAUCAUGAUGGUGACAAUGAAGCUGUCGAUAUUAAUAAUGAUGCUGAAAGUCAUUUUAAAGGAGAAAUGGAGAAUUAUCACAGGCCUGCAAGCGGUACAGUGUACUGUUAUCUGUCGAAAAAAAUCACGAAGCGUAUGAAAAGUUUUCAGCCCUAUUGUGCUACAGUUUUUGUGGCCAACGGCAAGGUACUAGCCGUUCAAGGCAUUAUAAGCAUUCUGUUAGCCAUCAGACAAACUACCAAGACGUUGAUGUUGGGAUUAGUGGACGAAUUGGAGUACGAAGCCAUUUUUAAGAUAGAUUUCCUGAAGACCUUCGAAGUUAACGUAGAUUACGGUAAUGAUGUAUGGCGUUCUCACACAAUUCCCUGGCAAGAAUUUAAGGAGAAGGAGAGCGGAUACGCUCAGCAGCAGAAGGGUUGA